CCUUCUCAACGCCAAUGGGCCAUGACGGUUUGAGUUUGAAGGGGUGCGCGCGUUGAGCUGGCGGUUGGAGCGGCCGUUAGCGGCUGGAAUUUAAAUCUCAGGCCACGAGUACGUGCGGGAGGUGGUGACAGAGACAGUCAGUAAACAAACCGUUCAUCCUUGCCGUGCUGUUUAACGUGAUAGGCUUUCGUACACGCGUUUUGUGUCUUUUUUAAAAACAGUUGUAGUUUUUUUUUCUGGUGGAAACUUUUUUCUUUAUCUGUUCGGGACGACUCUCUCUCUUCCGGGGGCUUGAGGUCGAAUGGCGGCCGCCGCCACGGGGAGCGGUAGCAUCACCAGCCGUCUUAAGAAUCUACUCCGCUCACCGCCUGCUAUCAACCUCCGGAGAUCCCGAGCGGCGACGAGGGUGGGCACAGAACGGAUUACCUUGGACAAAGUAAUUGGAAUUACAGCUUCCAGCAGCAGUAGUUUAGCAUGUGAUUUAACCACAGGACUAGUGGCAUAUCCAGCAGGGUGUGUGGUGGUGUUAUGUAAUCCCAAAAAAAACAAGCAGGCUCACGUUCUCAAUGCCUCCAGAAAAGCAGUCAGUGCUUUAGCAUUCUCGCCAGAUGGAAAAUAUCUCGUUACUGGGGAGAGUGGUCACAUGCCUGCUGUGCGUGUCUGGGAUGUGUCUGACAAAGUGCAAGUGGCUGAAUUACAGUGCCAUAAGUAUGGAGUAUCAUGUGUAUCCUUCUCCCCCAACAUGAAGUAUAUUGUAUCAGUGGGCUUCCAGCAUGAUAAACUUGUGAACGUUUGGGAUUGGAAGAAAAACUCCACUGUGGCAUCUAAUAAAGUUUCCAAUAAAGUUACAGCUGUUUCCUUCUCUGAAGACAGCAGUUUCUUUGUUACGACUGGCAACAGGCAUGUCAAGUUUUGGUACUUAAAUGAAUCCAAAGCCUGCAAGGCAAAUAUUACUGUUCCCUUAAUAGGAAGAUCGGCAUUGCUGGGUGAGUUGCACAACAACUUUUUCUCUGGAGUGGCAUGUGGUAAAGGCAAGAUGUCUGGAAGCACCUUCUGCAUCACCAGUUCUGGCCUUCUGUGCCAGUUCAAUGAGAAAAGGCUGCUUGAUAAGUGGUUGGAUUUGAAGACUUCAGCAGCAAACUGCAUUUCUGCAACUGAAGACUUCAUCUUUUGUGGCUGUUCCAACGGAACAUUGAAGUUAUUUAACCCCAUGAACCUCCAUUUUGUCACCAAUCUGCCCAAACCUCACUAUCUAGGUGUGGAUGUGGCUGCUGGAAUUGAGCCGAGCCAUUUAAUCUGCAAGAAGACAGAUGCCCUCUAUCCUGACACUAUUGCAGUAGCUUUUGACCCUUCCAAUCGGUGGUUGUCGUGUGUAUACAGUGAUCAUAGCCUCUACGUCUGGGACACAAAAGAUGUUAAGAAAUUCGGAAAGGUUUACUCUGCAUUGUACCAUAGUUCCAGUGUGUGGAGCGUAGAGGUUUAUCCUGAAUUGGAAAAUAGUAGUCAAGCUUGCCUGCCCUCUGCAUCUUUCCUCACUUGCUCAUCGGACAAUACUAUAAGAUUAUGGAAUGUUGGUGCAGCCUCUGCAUUUCAGCUCACUUCGUUCCACAGGAAUAUUUAUAGUACGGACUUGAUUAAAGUUGUGUACGUUGAUGACAAUAUCCAGCAUCUCCAAGAUACAACCAGCAACCCCGACCGAACUGAAAAUGGAGCAACCUCAGAGAUAAAGUCAGGAAUUAGGAUCAUAACCAUCAGUCCUGAUGGGCAGCACCUCGCUUCGGGAGAUAGAAUGGGUACCCUGAGAAUCUUUGACCUGCAAUUCUUGGAUGAACUGAUGAAAGUUGAAGCUCAUGACUCUGAGAUUUUGUGCCUGGAGUAUUCGAAGCCUGAAACAGGAAUGAAUCUGUUGGCAACAGCAAGUAGAGACCGUUUAAUUCAUGUUCUGAACGUGGACAGACAGUACAGCCUGGUGCAGACGCUGGAUGACCAUUCCUCAUCUAUUACUGCUGUGAAAUUCGCAGCCAAUGACAGUGUCAAGAUGGUUAGUUGUGGUGCUGAUAAAAGUAUCUAUUUCCGUACAGCACAAAAGUCUGUUGAUGGAAUUCAGUUUACACGAACUCACCAUGUGGUCGGAAAAACAACAUUAUACGACAUGGAUAUUGAUAUCACACGGAAAUAUGUAGCUAUUGGCUGCCAGGACAGAAAUAUUAGGGUAUUUACCAUUGACAGCGGGAAACAAAAGAAAUGUUUCAAAGGUUCACAGAGUGAAGAUGGAAUCCUCCUGAAAGUUCAGAUGGAUCCCUCUGGAACGUUCGUAGCCACUAGUUGUUCCGAUAAAAACAUUUCCAUCUUUGACUUCUGCACUGGAGAAUGUGUAGCCAGCAUAUUCGGGCAUUCAGAAAUUGUAACUGGCAUGAAAUUUAGUAAUGACUGCAAGUAUCUCAUCACAGUCUCUGGAGACAGCUGCAUUUUCAUAUGGCGUUUGGACAUUCAGUUGACAAAUUGCAUGAGACAUCGCCUUUCUGAAAUCAAACAGAUUGCUAAACAGGAUAACAUACCGCCUACCAAGACAUCUGCACCAAUCAGGAGAGAGACCUUUAUGGUGCAAAAGGCAGCCUCAGAGGAUCAGGAAGAUGAUACAAGUGAGGAUGAUGUGAAGGAUGGUUCAUUCCAAACACCUUUGAAAGAGCCCAUGGACAGAGGUAAGACUGAAGAUGCUGUGUUCCUGCUGACAAAUGGGAAGCUUCCACUGUGGGCAAAAAGACUGGAAGCAGGUGAUGGAAAUGUACAUGAUAGAACUGUAAAUAGCACUGUUGAAGCAUUCCAGCCACGAGGAAGAUGGGCUGAGAGAAUGGACAAAGAUUUUAUUCACUCCAUCUUGGGAAGGAAGCAGUUGGAGGAAUACUGUGCAACCCCAACUCCAGGCAACUUGACAGUAGCACAGGGACUGCCAAGCAGCCAUUUAAAGGAACAGGACAAGUUUGGACCGCAAAACUUGGAUAACUUCCUUGAGAUGAUGGAGUUAUCCCCCAGCCUUUUGUCGAGAGAGUCCAUGGGAAGGCCGAGCUCUAUUUGCCUGGAGGAUGCAGGCAAUGAAUAUUCCCAUGAAGUGGAUACUGUGGAAAUGGAGCUAAGUGCACCGAUGUUUUACCCAGUGCAAAAUGAUCAUUCUACCAGCACAGAGAAUGAUUAUCAAGUAAAAGAGCCUCCAAAGAAACUACUGGAGAGUGAAUCUGAAUGGAAAAUUGUGCAUUCAGUGGAGAACAGUCCUGACAGUGCCUAUUCAAUGGAUUCGGGCAGCAAUGAACAACAACAAGAUGAUUCUGAUUCUGUGGGCCAGCUGAGUUCUGAUGGUCAUUAUUCAGGAUUGGAGGAAGAGGAGGAACAAUGUUGUGCAGUUCUACAGGAGUCACGUGCAGCAAAAACACCAGACCAGGAAAAGUUCCUCAAGCACAACUUUGAAACCUUGACUAAUGAAUUUUCUAAUGAGAAAUUUGACAGCACCCUGAAGGAUUUACAGCCAAAUGCAGAAAAUGAAAGCAGUUUUUUCCUGAAUCCUCGUUUGAGUAUCUCUGCAAGAUUUCUGUCCCGCUGCCAGAAAAACAGCAGAAUGGCCGCAGCCUUCCCUCCUAAAGUCCAGCAGCAGUGCCAACAUUUGCCAGAUACACUGUGCAAGUCUACACAAUUGAAUGCUGAAAUGAAACCUUUUGUAGAUGGUCACGGAUCGGAGUUAGGGUCAUCUUUCAAUGGUACAAAACACCUAAGAGAUGAAGAGAUGUGUCAAACUGUUGAGAGUGAAUACAGUGGAAGUGAAUGGGACAUAAAAUCAAUGAGUUCAAAAGCUGAGAAACCUCUUAGUUUGGAGGUGAAAGGCGCCACACCAAAUAACAAAAGGCAUCAAAUGUGUAAACGAUCAGCCUCAGUAAUAGAUCUGGUACAAGAAGAACAGACAUCAUCUGAUUCAUUCGUGGCAGUAGCUCAAUCCAGCCUGCAGAAUGUGCUUGUAAAUGAGGGAUCAAAACAAAGACACUCACUGUGUAGUAAAAUGGACAUGCUUGCUGCAACUCUCAGUAAAGAGAUGUCUAAGAACAAACUUUGCAAACCUAGGUCCUAUAUGCACCCAACCGCCAGUUUCAAGGCUAAAAUGUCACGGAGUGCGUCAGUGGGAGAAAACCUGCACCUGAAAACCUUAGGACGGUCGAGUGGUAUGAGUUUACCCAAUUCCAGAGCGGCGUCUACAGUAGAUUUAACAGAGUCAAUGAAAGGAUCCAUUCCAAGUGAAGAUAGUCCAAGUGAAAAUUUUAAAGUAAAAGUGCCACCAAAAGAGAUAUUACAGAAUGGUACUUUGUCUUAUGGAAACCAUCAAGCUAGAGCUAGCUUGACACUGAACCUUUCUAAAAUGCACACAGACAGAUUGCUGAUGCCUCCUCCAAUACCUAAUAGUAUUGGUGUUACAAAAGUCAAACAAAAACUGCAGGCUGGUCAAGAUUCCACACGGCUACCUACCUUGGCAGUCCCACCCAAACAACCAACAAGCUUGGCUAAAAAUGAUCAGACUGUUUGUGAAAACCAUGUGGAAAAGGGGAAUAUCCCAAACAUGAACUCCUUUACAAUUCUAAAGAAAGCUACUGACAAUUCAGAGCACUGUAACAGUUCUCAAGAUGGCACUGACCGCACUUUGGAAAAGUUUCCAUCAUGGAAUUCAAUUCUUGUACAACCACAGAAUGACAGCAUCAGUCCCAACAGGGAUGUUGUGAGCUGUAACUCCAUACCCAUCCCAGAAGGAAAUGGUAUUCCCAAGGAUGUUCCUAAAUCACUGAGAGGAAGUAUGGGGAUUGAAGAGAAACCUACCAGUGAAGCAGAUCUUGUAGUCAGCAUCGAGAACUGUGAGUACGUUGUUACAGAACUUCAGAACAGUUUGCAGAAGGCCUUACAGCUGUACAGCAAGGUGAUAUCCAGUGAAGAUGCACCAGAGCUGAAGUCCCAGAUGAUGGCCAUCCUGUGUGAUGCAUUUUCCUCUGCGAAAAAGCAUAUGAACUCUGUUGAAUGUUUGCCAGUUUCGACUCCUCUGGUAAACAAGCCACUUUUUGCCUCAGAAUCUCUAGAGAAUGGCAAGGCGACAGCUUUGCUCGAGCACUACUCAGAACUGUUGAUAAAAAUGAUGGCACAAAAACUCCAAUUGCAGCAUUGAAACAACAUGUUUGGAGAGCAUGAAAGGGACAUUUAAGUGUAACUUUGUCCUAGGAAAUAGUGCAGCAUUUUGCUUAGUUUUUUUUUAAUGUUUUUCUUAAGUGAAGGAGCUGUAAUCAAUAUGUCUUACCAGAAUUAUAGUCACCAGUUUAUUUGAACUCAGGAAAGUUUUCCAAAUUUUCUCCUUUUUUGGUCAAAUCCGUUCAUUGCUGGAGAAGCUUGUGUACUAAUGACACUCAAUGUUUUGGAGUUAGGUAAUUGCAGAAAAACACUCAGGCACACACUAUUAAAGUUUGCACCCACAGCUAAGAGAAAUAAGAACCCAAAAGCUGAUUUUGGUAUAUUUUUGAAAUUAGUUGAUAUUUCUUUUUAAUAAGAAAUCUUCCAGAAAUAUUUUUCUUUUGCUUUUAAACAUGCCUGAGCACAACAGAAGAGUGACUGAUUUCUGUGACACAUUAGAUCAUCUGGUCUUGUAAUUUAAACCGUAUUUGUAUUUUUAAAAAGUUGAAUUGUCUCGUUGAAAUUGAGUAAUAUAAACAGAAAUGGCAUGAUUCAGCACUUAAAAAAAGAAUUGUACGUUCAGAUGAUUUGAACCAAAUAACUGCAUUAAUUGGAGUAAGUUGCAGUAUUGAUGCACCACAGUACUAGGGUUGAUUGGCUAUACCUGAGUAUAGUCAUGCUGAUACUCCAUUUUGUCGUAUCCACAGUAAAUUUUCUGGUGAUUAUCUGAAUUUGAUCAUUUAGACGUUUUUGUAUUUUCAUUUUACUGUCUCAACUGGGGAGUUUUUAGUUUUUGCUUCACACUUUCCCCCAACCAUUUGAUAUGAGGAAUCAGACACUCAAGUCAGUUUUCUGCUUGAUAUAUCUGUUCGUGUUUUUUAAAAAGAAGUAAUUUGAUGCUAUAAAAAAAUCUAAAUUUUUGACGCCUGUAAAUUUUGUCACAACAGUAGAGUAAAUUUUUAGAGCUGGCUACCUAUUUAUAAAGGGGUUGCCCUUCUGAAUCAAGAUUUCUGAUGUGCGAUUUUUUUUUAAUAAGCUUUUCAGUUUCUAAAAAUACCAUAUGCACAUGGAUUAUUCGUUUUAAUUCUGCUGUACAUAAAUAGUAAAAAGUUAGACUUUGCAGGGCAAUAAUGUAUUACAAUAAGCACGUUUUUGAAUUUUGCAGUAUUGUAUGAUGUCCCUCCAUUUUUGUAUAUACAUUGUUAUCUGUGCAUUUAUUUUCUUAAACCUCUUGCCUUAGCUUUUGAAAUAAAUUUUCUUGUUAAUUAUCAUUGAGUUCUGACAGCCGUUUCUAGACAAUGAAAGCCAGUGUCCAGGUAAUGGCAUUUUGCAGAUUGACAGCCAGACAUUUUUAAUAUAAACAGUUGGAAUAAACGUGACAGAUUAUGCAAGCG